AUGCUACAGGUCUUGUCGCACCGCCAUUCGAGUCGUCGUACCAGCCGUCGUUUUGAUGAUGGUAGUAGACGUUCACGAAGCUCGGAACGAUACCAUCGCCAUCGUCGUAGCCGUCGCAGUCGCUCUGACUCUUCUGAUCGAUACCUGUAUAGGUCGGAAUCUAUUUCUCCGGAUCGCAGAUACUCCAGCCGUAGAGAUUCAUCGACAUACGGUGGCCGAAUUCGUGUCGAUGGUGCGAAGCCUAGUCACUGCUUGGGAGUGUUCGGGCUAAGUGUGUACACCACGGAACCGCAUCUAGUAAGCAUCUUCAGUCAAUAUGGAAUAGUCGAAAAGGCGUACGUGGUUUACGAUGCAAAGACCAGAAUAUCGCGAGGAUUUGGGUUUGUAUACUUCCAAACGGUGGAAGAGGCUUCCUUGGCUCGUUCGUAUUGUAACGGAAUGGAAUAUCACGGUCGGCGCAUACGGGUAGACUUUUCUAUCACGGAUCGGCCUCAUCCCCCUACUCCAGGAGUAUAUAAAGGGCGAGUCGCUGAAAGUCGCUCUCCAUCUCCUCGUGAAUACUCGCAUCGUAGUCGCCAGCGCUAUCAUUGA